AUGUCCAAUGAAAGUACUAACUCUUCUAACUCAUCUUCUAAUUCUUCCAAUUCAUCUACCAAUCACAACCUCCAAAAUUCUUCGGAUGAUGAAUCUGACCAUCGUUAUGAGAGACGUAGACAAGUGAAUCGUUUGGUUGAUAGAAUGAUGGAUGAAUUCAUAAUGUCCAACCCAAUUGAAUUCUUCCAAAUGAUUCAUCAAGUUCCGAGGGCGCCAAGGACCUUGGUCGAAAGGGAUCGUGAAGAUGGACAUAACCGUUUAUGGAAUGACUACUUUUCUGACCAACCGGUCUACCCUCCAAAUUUGUUCCGUCACAUAUUUCGCAUGAGAAAUCAUGUCUUUCUUCGUAUAAUGCAAACUUUAGAAGAACGCCAUCAGUUCUUUCAACAAAGACCAGAUGCUACUGGUAGAUUAGGUGCAACAACUUUGCAGAAAUGUACUGCCGCUAUUAGAUUGCUAGCAUACUGUGGUGCAGAUGAUUCUGUUGAUGACUACCUACGUAUUAGUGCUUCUUUGGCGAGAGACUGUUUACAACAUUUUGUUGAAGGAGUUGUCUCUUACUUUAACGAUGAAUACUUAAGAAGACCCAACGAAGAGGAUUUGGUCAGAUUGCUACGAGAUGGGGAGCGCUGA